UCUCAUCAGACAGAGAGGAGGGACGAAUGAGAGGAGAGAGAGAAAACGCCGGGACGGAGAGGAAAUAAAGGAGAGGAAGACUGAUGGUGUCGUCUGAGAGAGGGACGGACGGAGGGACGAGAGACACUGAGACACGCAGACAGGCAGAGAGAGAGAGAAAGACAAGCAGGAGGAGGCUUUAACGUCUGUCCUCUGGGCCUGAGUGUGUGUGUGAUUGUUUGUGUGUGCGCGCGCGCGUGCGUGCGUGCGAUCAGCUGAUUGGAACACACGCGUUGGAGGGCGGAGCCAUGAUGGGCAAGGAUUACAUGUUGGCCAUCAUCAUAGUCAACUAUGACGACAACAUCUGGACAGACCAGAACCUGCUGCUGGACCCGGACCUUCCCUCCGGCUGGAGAACGAUCAAAGACUCCACAGGAACUUACUACUGGCACGUUCCCACCGGCGCCACCCAGUGGCAACACCCCCGCCUCACUGGGACGCCCCAGCAGCUCGACACACAGGAGACAGCUGGACAGCAGAUCCCCAACAGACAGACAGACGGACCGCCUGAGGACAGGUCUUCAUGGAAUGAAGAUUAUCUCACCAACCACGACCCUGACUCCAAGUGUUUUGCAGUGCGUUCACUGGGCUGGCUGCAGGUGGAGGAGGAGGACCUGUCUCCUGGUCGCAGCAGUCUCGCUGUCAGUAACGUCAUCCAGCAGCUGUCUCACUGCAGCAGCCCCGAGCAGAGAGACAGGCCGGGAGCCUGGGGGGAGGGUCGGGAGAUGAUGCUGGUUCUGAAGAAAGACACUCUGACCCUGUUGGACCCUUUAGACCACACCCCCCUCCACUGUCAGCCAAUCAUCAACAUCCGUGUCUGGGGGGUGGGCUGCAACAACGGCAGGGACUUUGCCUUCGUGGCCGGAGAUAAGGACAGCUGUGUGCUAAAGUGUCACGUGUUUCGCUGCGACGCUCCUGCCAAAGCCAUCGCCACAGCUCUGCACGAGAUGUGCUCCAAGAUGAUGUCAGAGAAGGCGCUGAUGAGGCCGUCUCGCUCUCUGACGAUGGAGAGCAUCUCACCUGAAGACCUGCCCAGACAAGUUGAGUUCCUGGAGGCGGUGCGGAAGCAGGUCCAGAAGUUUGAGGUCCAGUACAUUGGUAACCUGCCCGUGUCCAGAGCCAUGGGUAUGGAGGUGUUGAACAGAGCGAUCGAGAGCAUCAUGAACUCUACAGACCGAGACGACUGGGAGCCGACUGUGAUCCACAUCACUGAUAACGUCCUGUCUCUGUGGAAGGGAGAGGAGGGGGAGGAGCCGUUCUGGGAGUGUCAGGUGCGUUUCCUCACCUUUCUGGGCGUCGGCCACGACAGCCACACCUUCGCUGUGAUCGUCGACGGCGGCACGCAGCGAUUCGAGUGUCACGUGUUCUGGUGUGAACCGGACGCAGGAAUCAUCUCUGAGGCCGUCCAGGCUGCAUGUAUGGUCCAGUAUCAGAAGUGUCUGGUGGCUCAGACUCCUCCUCCGAGGUCCAAGACGUGGCGUGAGAACCCGUCAAAGGUUAAACGAGCCAACUCCAUGGAUGGUGCCGCCUUCCCUCCUCUUACAUCUCGUUACCACCUUAGCGGCAGCUCCACCACGAUGAGUCCGAGGAUAACGAAGGGCAAUGGCAGCAGCAGCGUGAGGAAGGGGAUGUUGGCGUUCUUCGAAACCUUUCGUAACAAACAGACCGCCACGUCUUAAUGAUGGGGGAGGGACUGCCAGAGUCAUACGUCAGCAGAGGUAGGUCACCGAGUGGUCUCCGGUCCUCCGGGACUAAAAAAUGUUUACCACGACCAUGACGGCGAGGCCACGAUCCGGGCCAACACCUCAUUGGCUGAACUCAUGACUCUGGCGGUCCGACCGGCCGGUUGUGCCGCCUUCACAUCACCAGCGACGCCGACACUCACCACAGUCGCCUCGUCUCCUGUUUGUUGGAUCUGACACAUACCUGUCUGAACUCGUUGUGGUGAGGUUAGUCUCACCUGACGCUGCAACGCCAUCAAGGCUGCUGGGGUGAACAGCAUGAAUGUCAGGUGACUAGCAGAGGUUUUAGGGACACCAACGUGGGUUUUCUGUGUUACCGGACCUGUAAGUGGCUGUGAUGGAUCAGACCGGGAAAAAUGAAAAACCACUGGAUCCAAACAGCAGAGGACUGAUCAGUCACACGUCAAUCAAGACCUCCACCGACACCUCAUCACCUUCUCAGUUAAGAUCUGCGGAGGUUCAUUUUAUCCAGAAUUAAGAUUAAAGGAGAAAACUGAUCAACUAUUGUUAUAUCAACGACUCAGGAUAAUUGGACCAUAAUUAAAUGUUAAAACAGAAAAGGAAACUGAAAAUGAAGACUGGGUAUUGAAACGACAGAAGGAUCUGACUUAGCUUUAGUCAACGAAUAGCUUCAGCAUCAUUUUUCAUAUUAAAGAAACCCUUAAACGACCCUUCAACACGACUCCCACCCCCAACCCUUCACUGUAAUGUGACCAUUCAGGAGGAUUUGUGUCUGAACCCCUUAAAAAGAGUGAAACUUAGAGGUAAGAUAGAGAAGACAAGCCUCUUUCUACACUGGGUGUCAGUGUCAGAUAAGUGUUCUGUGUGCGUUCGCUUCAAGCUUCAUAUUUAGUGAGUUAGAAAAGCUGCAGUGAGAGAUUCAGACCCAGAGAGAAGAACAAACCCGCAAUGUUUAUUGACUUACCUGUUUAUUUUUCCAUGUUCAGGUCACAUGGCGGGAGGCGGUGAAGUAACAGGUUUCCAUGGUUACAGCAGUUCACCUGCUAACGGUUUCUGUAAGGAGAGAGAUGAACAGAGGGUCGUGGCCAGUGUCCGGACAAAAACCCAAUCUGAGACAUUAGGGGCAGGAAGUCGUAAUGUUUAGAGAAUAAAGUCAGAAUAUUUCAAAAGUCAGAAUCCUUUGAGAAAAAUUCAAUAAAGUCUAAUAGUAAUGAUAAAGUCCAACAAAGUCUAUAAUAUAAUGAGAACAAAGUUGUUAUCUUGUCUGAUUAUUUUGAGAAUAAAAUCAGAAAAUAAAAUUGUAAUUGUAAUUGUAAUAUUCAGUAAAUGAAGCCAUGAUAUUAGCAGGGAAAAGUCGUCACAUCCUGAACAAACAGAUGUAAUGAUUUGAGAAUACAAUUAUUCUCAAGAAUAUUUCUUUAUUCAUGAACUAAGUCAGAAUAUUGAGAAAAAAGUAAGAAAGUAAAAGUAAGAUAAAGGGAUAUUUUCAGAAUAUAGUCAUGACAUUUCAAACUACAGCAGUAGUAAAGGCACGUGCUCUUUUUUCCUGAAUAUUACGAAUUUAUUCUGUACUACAAGUUUUUCUUCUAUUAAUUCUGACAUUUUUCUCAUAAUAUUAAGACUGUGGCCUGAUACUCCAGCAUACAAAAGCUGUUCUUUAGAUUACGCAUAAAAUACAUUAAGUAAGACUUCAGCAGACAAAAGAAUAACAUAAGAUACAUUUAAAAAGAUUAACGAAUAAUCAGGAUGGAUUUGAUUGGCAGAUAUGGAGGCUUUCACACUGACCUCCCAGGAACACUGAGAGCUCUUAAACGCCUCCUCAGACGGUCAGUAAACACACCGCAAGCAAAUCCACAUUCAUUUAAAUGCUAUUUUAGUGAAAGUCAACGACAGUUUGACACUUUGCAUGUCAGGCACAAAUGACAGCAUGGAAAGUCAUUGAAAAUAUCCUGGAGACUUGGAUUUCUUUACCGUUCUCACAUCCCAUGGCUUCACGUUACCGAAUGUACAGCUGGAGGCGCUGUUCAGAAAUAGGAUGCAGACUGUAACUCACAAUAUAGACAGACUCUCCAGCUGCCUCCUGGUCGGCCAAAGCGCCUGUAGAUAGAAGCUUUAUUGUGUUUAAUGUCAGUAGGAAAAUUUCAGCGAGAGGUUCAGGGUGUGUUAUUACAAGAACGGAAACGCAUUCAGCGUCCAAACACCUCGUCAGUCUGCAGCUCCGGGAGACGAACCCCGAGCCGGACGUCACCUGCUGGGUUUCUCUCCCUGUAUAUCUGCAGUCAAAUACUCUGGCACAAAAGAAGUCAAUGAUGUCAUGUAAAUUAACCGA